GAUGAUGCGGAAAGAAGUCCUUAUUUUCUGGGUCACCGUGAACAUCCUAUUUUGCUGUAGGUUGACUUUGCAAAAACAACACAACUUGCAUUUCAAGAUUUGGGAGUUGUAGUUCACCCUGGCUCAUGGGAGUUGUAGUUCACCUGCAUCCAGAGAGCACGGAACCCAGCCGACGAUGGAUUGGGACCAAACUUGGCGCACAGACCCAUCAUGGCCAGCUGUAAAUAUAGGCAGAGUUUGGUGGGGAUUGACCCUGGAAUCUGGGAGUUGUAGUUCACCCAUAUUCAAAGAACACUGAUAACGUAUCUGGACCAAACUUGGCGCACAGACCCAAAAUGGCAAACUGUGAAUACAGGCGGAGUUUGGUGGGGAUUGACGCUGAAAUCUGGGAGUUGUAGUUCACCAUUGCAUAUGGGAAUUGUAGUUCACCUGCAUCCAGAGAGCACUCGACCCAGCCGACGAUGGAUCCAGACCAAAUUUGACGCACAGACCCAACAUGGCCAACUGUGAAUAGAAGUGGGGUUUGGGGGCGAUCGACCUUGGGUCGACCUGGGUUCACCCAUAUUCAAAGAACACUUGACCUUGGCAUAUGGGAGUUGUAGUUCACCUGCAUCCAGAGAACACUGAACCCAGCAACGAUGGAUCUGGACCAAACUUGGCGCACAGACUCAACAUGGCCAACCGUGAGUAUAGGUGGGGUUUGGGAGGUGAUUGACCUUGGAAUCUGGGAGUUGUACUUCACCCAUAUUCAGAGAAUAUUGAACCAAGCCGAUGAUGAAUCUGGACCUAACUUGGACCCAACGUGCCCAGCUGUGAAUACAGGCAGGUUCUCCUUCUUGUCCUCCCUCAUCCCCCCUUCCUCCCUUUGAUCUUCCCCUCCUUCUCCCUUUCUUUCUCUCCCUCCCUCUUUCCUCCCCUCCUCCCUUUCCCUUUCUCCUCCUCCCGCCUCCUUCCCUUUGUCUUCCUUUUCCCCUCCUUCCUGUGGCUCUCCUCCCUUCUUCCAGCAAGGAAGGACAAGGCGAAGAAGAGGAAGGAAGGAAGGAAGGAAGGAAGGAAGGAAGGAAGGAAGGAAAGAAAGAAAGAAAGAAAGAAAGAAAGAAAGAAAGAAAGAAAGAAAGAAAGAAAGAAAGAAAGAAAGAAAGAAAGAAAGAAAGAAAGAAAGAAAGGGAAGCUAAACCAUCUCAUCACUAUGGCUGCAGCCUUGGAUGCCGAAUCCCUCGGGGGAGACGAAUGCUUGGAAGAAGACGAGGAAGAGCUCGAGACGAGUCUUGAGGAUCCGGAGAACGAAAACGUGGGGAAAUUUGUCCCAGGGGGACGGGGAUGCUGCAUUCUGACCCGCCGCGGCAUCACCUUGAGGGUCCUCCUCAAAGACGGGCUGAUCGAGCCGGGAGAAGGGCUGCUCUCCAUUUAUUACCUGGGGAAGAAGUUCAUCGGUGACUUGAUGACGGACGGCAAGAUCGUGUGGCAGGAGACCGGGCAGGUCUUCAACUCGCCCAGCGCCUGGGCCACCUAUUGCAAAAAGCUGGUCAAUCCAGCCAAGAAGUCCGGCUGCGGAUGGGCCUCGGUCAAGUACAAGGGGCAGAAGCUGGACCAGUACAAGGCCGUCUGGCUGAAGAAGUACCAGCCCAACGCUCCCCCAGCGGAGGAGGGUUUGGUGAGCGAAGGGGAAGAAGAGGAGUUGGCGGAGGAUGAUGAUGAUGAUGCCAAAGGGGCGAAGACGUCCCUCUCGGACUCCAUGUUGGCGAAGAAGAUGGAGGAAAAGGCCAGGAAGCAGCAAGGCAAGAACCUGGCGGAAUUGCAUGAUAAAAGAGUCAACUACCGGAACCGGGUUCCAGUCCGCUAUUGCAACUUGGGCAACCGAGAUUCUGCCAGGAGUCCGCACACUUUGGUCGAAGUCACCUCCUUUGUGGCGCUUAAUAAAUUCCAGCCUUUUAACGUCGCAAUUUCGAGCAACGUCCUCCUGCUCUUGGACUUUCAUAGCCACUUAACCAAAAGCGAAGUGGUCGGCUACCUGGGCGGACGAUGGGACAUCAACAGCCAAUUGUUGACGGUGCUGAGAGCGUUUCCUUGCCGUUCUCGUCUCGGAGACGUGGAGAUGGCGGCAGCCGUAGAGGAGGAGAUCUGCCAGAACCUUUUCAUGCGAGGGCUCUCCUUGGUGGGCUGGUACCACAGCCACCCGUUCACCUACGCCCUCCCUUCGCUGCAGGACAUCGAUACCCAAAUGGAGUACCAGCUGAGACUGCAAGGGACCAGCAAUAGCUUCCAGCCUUGUUUGGCUCUCAUCUGCGGUCCAUACUUUCCGGGCAAUCAAGGCAUGGAGUCCAAGAUCUCGCCCUUUUGGGUCAUGCCGCCUCCAGAGCAACGGCCGUACGAUUACAGCAUCCCCAUGGAAGUGGAGGUCACCUACGUUCAAGAUGGAUUCCUGACCAACGAUAUUCUCCAUGAAAUGAGAAUUGCCUCUUUCCCCAACUUCCAGAUGUUGCUGGUGGAGUUUUACAAAGGGGCCCCGGACCUGGUGAAAUUUCAAGAGACGUGGAGCCAGGAGCAGACCUAUUUGGACAAGCUCAAGGGAUCCCUGGCCUCGAGGACGCCAAAGGACCAAGGUUUUGGACACAUCCUGGAACAGGUCUACAACCUCCUCAAACACGGCAGCUGAACAUGGCUUUGAGAAGACAUUCUGCGUGUGUUUCGGGGCCGUAGAUACUCAGUCGCAAAAAGGACGUAUUCCACAAACGGAUCUCCGGAUGUUCUUAUCCUUGGCUUCUUGUCUUGAGAUACGUUGGGCAAUGGACCCGCUUUACAGACUGGCAAUUGAGGCCGAGGUGUGUCGUAUGGCCAAACCUUGGCUGGCCUGAAUCGUGAAAUCUUUUCAGAGAUGCUAGGUCUCAGUCCGUAGAGAUUUUGAACCAGAAGCUGACAUAUUCAGCUACAGUGAAAGACAAUGAGAUCCAGAAUCCACAAAAGAGUGGUAGUAUAAGACUCUGGAAGUUGCUGGGCUGUGGUGCAGCUGGUUAGUAGCCAGUUGCAAUAGAUCACUACUGACUGAGAGGUUACGGGAUCGAAGCCUGGGUUGGAUUGAGCUCCCGAAUAUUAAUAGCCUAACCCGCUGCCCACCUAAGCAGCUCGAAAAACAGUUGCAUCUGUUGAGUAGAAAAUUCUAGGUACCGCUUUAUGCGGGGAAGCUAAUUUAAUUGAUUUACGACUCUAUAAAAAACUGGGUUGUUGUAUGUCUUUUGGGCUGUGUGGCCAUGUUCCAGAAGUAUUCUCUUCUGACGUUUCGCCCACAUCUAUGGCAGGCAUCCUCAGAGGUUGUGAAGUAUGGAUAAACUAGGCAAGGAAAAAAAAACUGCCAGCAGUGUGCGGAAAGGAAUGAGGAACUACUAUCACCAAGGACUCGGUGUCACAAGUGGACGAUAAAGCAGCAGCUCCCCCUGUGGCUGGAAUCGGAAGCUGGAAAUUGUUAAAUUGCCUCUAUGUGUAUGUUGUAUGUCUAUGGCAUCGAAUGUUUGCCAUGUAUAUGUGUGCAUUGUAAUCCACCCUGAGUCUCCUUCGGGGUGAGAAAGAAGGGUGGAAUAUAAAUACUGUAAAUAAAUAAAUAAGUUCAUUGAGUUGAAAUCAAGCUACACAACAA